CGGCGAGAUUCAGAGCAGACGACAGAGAGCGCCGUCUGAUCCAGCAACUUAGAGCGCGGCAGAGCUCAGCAAAUCCCGUGUCCGCAAGGCUUCUAUCAGCAGUGGAUCUUACAACUCUUACCUGUGGGAUUUAUUCUGAUUUCUGCCUUUUCCCGCAUUUCUUUAUUUUAACGUUUUCCUCGUCUUGAAGCACCUUUGCUUGCCUGCUUUCCAACCUAACAACUGACCCUCUAAAUCCCUACCUGCCACCCUCAUCGUCUCCCAUAACCUUAGACCUGAACCCCGUCAUAUUUUAAUCUGUACCCGGUGAGUCGGGGGGAUCCGUCGGUAGACAACAGCUCUUCAUGGGGCUCACAGCCUUUCUCGGAAAAUGUUACUUUCUUCGCAACUGAGCGACCCGCUGCUUUUGCUUGUGCAAGGAUUGGAGUUGGCGGCACACGUCUGCAAUUUCUGCUCGCGUCGCGUGUCUUUUAGGGAGCCGCUGCUAAAUUGAGAUGGGUUUCUCAGAGGCAGCGCUACAGGAGCUGAGACGCCCGCAGCAGUGGAGCAGGACACUGGGAGACUGGGUUUUGGUCGCGGUGGUUUCGUUUCUAGCGACUUUACCUGUGCAGCAACUUCGAGCUUUCCCCUCCUCCUUGAGCGAUUGUCAAACGCCCACAGGCUGGAACUGCUCUGGUUUUGAUGACCGGGACACAGACCUCUUCCUCUGUGACACCAACACAUGCAAGUUUGAUGGGGAGUGUCUGAGAAUUGGGGACACAGUAACAUGCAUCUGUGAUUUUAAGUGCAACAGCGACUAUGUCCCUGUGUGCGGCUCCAACAACGAGAACUACCAGAACGAGUGCUUCCUGCGCCGGGACGCCUGCAAGCAGCAGACGGAGGUGCUGGUGGUUUCUGAGGGGUCCUGCCCUGUUGACGCGGGAUCGGGCUCCGGAGACGACGGGGGGGAGGGCUCAGCGGAGACGAGUCAGAAGGAGACAUCCACUUGUGACAUCUGCCAGUUUGGGGCGGAGUGUGAUGAGGACGCUGAAGAUGUGUGGUGUGUGUGUAACAUCGACUGCUCCCACAUCAGCUUUAACCCCGUGUGCGCCUCAGACGGCCGGUCCUACGACAACCCCUGCCAGGUGAAGGAGGCAUCCUGUCAGAAGCAAGAGAGGAUCGAGGUCAAGUACCUGGGCCACUGCCAAGGUGAUAUGACCAUGGGGACCAAGCCAGAAGACGGGCACUUUGCUAGGACAGAUUACACUGCAGAGGACAAACCAGACAAGAUGGGCGAAGUUGCCCGGGGUCUCUACAUACCCUGUCCUGAGCAUUACAAGAACUACUGUGUCCACGGAGAGUGCGAGUAUCCCAGCAGCCUGUCACCCCCGUCCUGCAGCUGUCAUUCAGGGUUCAGCGGGCCCCAGUGUGACACCAAGGAGUACAACGUCCUGUACGUGGUGCCGGGCUCGGGCAAGCUGCGCUACGUCCUCAUCGCCUCCGUCAUCGGGGCCUUGCAGGUGGCCAUCAUCUGCGUGGUGGUGCUGUGUAUCACGCGGAAGUGCCCAAGGACCAAUAGAAUAACUAGGCAGAAGCAGAACGCCACACACUACAGCUCAGAGAAUACACUGCGCGCCUCCACCAGACUGAUCUGAGAAAAUGGGACAGUGGCCACACCCCCACCACAACCCCUCACCAACCCCAGCCCAGAACGUAACAGACUGACCAAUCAGGGGGCAGGGGAGGAGGGAGGGCGGGAUGUGUUAUGAGAGGGGAGGUAUAGGAGCUCCACACGUUGCCUUGCGUUGAUGGUAUACGACACCAAU